UCACAACUCAAAAGUAGGUUUGAAUUUCGUUUGGCUUGGCUUGUGUUGUAAAUUUUAAGAGAAUUUUAUUAAAAUUAAUAUUUUUUUAUUUAGAGUAAAUAACAGAAAUAUAACGCAUGUGUCUACUUCGCAUGUGCGUUUUAAACUACAUUCCGUACUAGCUUUUGUUAUAUCUAAAUUUUUACAAGAGAUUUCAAUUGUUUAAGUCUGCAUAAUUGAAAGUAGCCCAUUAUAACUGUACAAAAUGAUAAGAUUAAUCUUCCAUAUCGUUGGUGCGAUACAAUUUUUCUAUGGGUGCUAUUAUGACCAUACAUAUGUGAAAAUUCCGAGUACUUCUACUAACGUAACACCGUUUGCUGGAAAAUUGAAAUAUUUAACAUUUCUAAAUGCAAUGUUACAAACUGUGUACUUCACCAUUGCAGUAUCCAAUGAUAUAUUUGGAACAAAUGAGCCGGCGCCGUCGCACAAACCUCUGUUGAGGCGAAUCAAGGAUACCAUGUUUAGUACCUUAGCAUUUCCUAUGGCUUUGUUUGUUGGUGUAACAUUUUGGGGGAUAUAUGCUGUGAAUAGAGAAUUGAUUCUCCCUAGAGCUUUGGACCCCUUUUUCCCAAUUUGGCUAAACCAUGUGAUGCAUUCAAAUAUUGUAUUAUUCACUCUUAUUGAACUUGCCACAUCAUUUAGAAUGUAUCCAAGUAAGAAGAAGGGUUUGACAAUACUAUGCACAUUUAUGUUGUCCUACGCAGUUUGGGUUCACUAUAUUUAUUUCAGAACCGGUAGCUGGGUAUAUCCUAUACUUAAUGCACUAAAUUGGCCACUAAGAAUUGCUUUCUAUGUGUUCAGUUUAAUCUUUAUAUGUGGUUUUUAUUCUUUAGGCGAGAAUUUAAAUAAACUUGUGUGGUCUAAAGAAGUAGAAUCCACUGUUAAAUCUGGAAAGAAGAAAGCUAAAUAAUGAUGCUUACUAUUCCAUAUAUUUAUUUUAACUUAUUAUAAAGGUGCAUAUACUGCUGCUCAACACAAUUAAAUAAAAUCUUAUGUUACUCAAAUAGAAAUCUAAGAAAAUGACUCCAUAAGCAAUAAUAGUCAUAAAAAUAUGAAAAGAUUCAAAUAAUGAUAUUAUACUUCUGUAAGUAAUCAUAUUCAAUAUAUUGAUAUUAUUAGGCACUAGACUAAAAAAGUCUGUUGAAACAUUUCACACGUUAGUUGUGCAUAAUUUUUAAAAGCUACAAUUUAAUAUAAUCUAAUGGGUCUGAAAAUAUAGCUUUGAUGCUGGUCGCAAAAUAUAUUGUUCUGGUUUAUACCUUAAAUACUUAAUUAUGAAUUUUAGGAAAUAUAAUCAAAGUGAAUAAUUAUAAAUAAGACAAAAAAAAAUGAAAAUAUUACAGUCAACAUGAUUAAGCAUUUUUUUUUAAUAUUUCUGAUAUGAAAGAAUAUGUUUAUCAAGUAAUUGCUAUUAUUGAUAAACAAUAUGUACAUAAUUCUGUAAAAAGUUGACUUAAUAUGACGAUUUUUUUAAGAAUUAUGGUUUUGUAACUAUGUUAGUAGCAAUUACUUGUUUAUGUAAGUAGCUUCAUUAUUGAGAUUGCAACACAUCUCAGUAUUAAUUGCAUUUAAUUACCAAAUCGAAUUUUAAAUAGAAAAGUGAUGAUUAUUGGUUUUGUAUUAGUGGUUUAAUUUUUGUUUUCAUUGGCAAUAAUAGAUAAUUAUUGAGGGGCAUUUUGUUCUUUCAUAAAUACAGCUGAUUUUUUGGCUGCCAUUUCUAAAAGGUAUUGUAUUUUCGACUAAGUGCAUUAUAAUUAUGAUAUAUUUGUAUUCAAAAUGGUGUAGUGUGUUAGAAUAAUGUUGUUUUUAAUAUUAUUAUAGAAUAAGUUUUUCCAAUUUUGUAUUUUUUUACUUCUAAUUACUAUUCUAAUGAAUACAUACAAUUUGUCUAUUUAUCUUAAACUGGCCUUAAUAAUUACUGUUAAUAAGCGGUUAAAGAGUUUGUCAACUAAUUUAAAACAAUUAUAUAGAUAUUUUAAGAUGUUUACCAUAUCUUAUGGUAUGCCUUAUCAUAUUAAAUUUUAAUGGAUAAAUUAUGUCCUGUAAUAAUUAAAAUUACCUUUGAACUCGACAUUUUCUGCUUUCUAGUGAUUUAGGGAACAUUUGGAUGCACAACGCCACUAUUUUAUGUUAUAUGAAGUCAUAUUUAAGUAGCUUCUCAAAAUUCAUGUUCUCGUAAUUGCCGCGAAAUUGUCCACGUGAUGUCAGAAAUGUGUUUGACAAGACGUGAGUGGGACAACGAAGUAGGUGUGAAAGAGACAAAUGUCUGCAUGUCUGUCACUUUGGAAAAACUAGAUAAUUUUUAGCAAAAUAUUGCCGGUGUCCAGGUGGUGAAAUUGUAAUUGAUAAUUGAAGGUGUUCAGGUAUUUCGUAAUUGUCGGUAGCUUGUUAUUGUAGCUAUGUUGAAAGCAAUAAUUUUUUACAUUAAAAUGCAGUGCAAAACAUUGCCUUUUAUUUUUUCCCUUGCUAUAGCGAUAGCGAACGAUGUUAUGCAAUCGCUUCGGAGCGAGUGCAUUUUGUCUAAUCCCCCAAGUGUCUUAUAAUUGGUAACAUUACUCCAACGAAAUAAAAAGUCAAACUUUGAAAGCAACCUACACUUUAUUAAAAGAAUAUGUCAUAAACAAUAUAACCCUAAAUAAAAUACAAAAUGGAUCUUUAAGUACGUUGCUUACGCGAUACAUUUUACAAUCACAGUACAUAAGGACAUUAAUUUUCAUUGUUUACGGCCAACAUUUUUAAUGUUAAUUUCUUCAGAUAUAUCCAAAAUUAUGGGUACAAUUUUGAUAAUUAUUUCUUUUACAAAAUAUUGCACAUAAUACAUUAGCCGUAUCACACAUAUUUAUUAAAAUUCGACUAGAUAAUAAAAUUAUAAAGCAAUAAUGAAUAAUUACAAAAUGCCAAUAAACAUAUUCAUAAUUAACUUACUUGUAUAUUUAGUGCUAAGUAUGUAGCAGUAGUGAAAUUUAACAAUCAAACUAUGGCUUUGUGAAUAUGAGAAGCCAGUGUCCAAGGGAUAGAGAUUUAUUUUUGCUUAUAUAGAUCGCUUUUCCUCUAACCUAAAUAACCUACUCGGUUAAGUAGGUCUUUCGUCAGGACCGGAAAAUGAGUCUCGCUCAUAGAGGAUUUACGCUUCAUAAUUACAGUAUUUAGUUUUAUAAUUUGAGUAAAGCUAAACUACCAUAACCAGUCAUUGUCCCGUCCUGACCGACGACCUUCACAAGCGAGAAAAAUGUCGCGAUCCAUUUGACUCUCGCUAUUUCGUGUUUGACUUUAUAUAAUAGUUUCCACAAAACAUACAAACAAAAAGAUACUGUUAUCCCUUAUAAUCUUUGAAUGAAAAGAGAUAAAGAUUUAUGUGCAGGCUUUUUGUUCAGAAGCACACUGUAAUUGUUCAAGCAAACUCAAAAUCAAGAUAAAUUGUGAUAUCACUUUACUGUAUGGGUUCCAUCGUGUAAAUAUCGAUACAAUGACAAUGUACUUGUAUUUUGUAAGGAUUACUGGUAUGGUGCAAUGAUGCGAUAUAAAAUUAAUAGUUUUAAGUUGCAUGAAAAAUUCUGUACCAACAAGAAGAAAUUAGUAUUUUGUUCUGUAAACAGCACACACAUCUUGAAUAGUUUCUUAUAUAAAAUUUCAUAGAUAAAUGAUUAGAUGAACAAUAAGUUAUGCAUUAAUUAAAUUAGCAGCAAAAAUAUAAAUGAAGCAAUUUGAUGAAGAAUGACAAAGCUUGUACAAUAUCCUUUUACUUUUACGAAAAAAAAAUAACAUUCCUUUUAUGAAAUCUAUUGUUCCACCAUUCUUAAUUUGUUUAGCGUUUUCUAUUUUAGUUCAGUUUAAAUAUUUAUUCAUUUUAAUAUUAAAUUAAUUACUAGAAAACCUUUUAAAAUUGUAUAAUACAUUGGAAUUUACAUUAUUGACCAAAGUAUCAAGGUUUUUGGUGGACUUGAUUUGUUUUAUCUUACUAACAACGCCUAUUUGAAUAAUAAGUAAAGGAACACUACAAAAGGAUAGAAAACUUUUAUUGUUAAUUCGAAUUUUUAAUACUGAAUUUGAACAUCAUUGGCCUUGUUAUUUACACAAUUUGUGAACAGCCUCUUUACCUUAUUUAUUAUAUUAGUUAAUUACAUCUAUAUAUUAUAUAAACAACUAUGUGUUUGCAUUGUCUACGAACUAUUUAUUUAUGGUUAUUCUUCGUUUAAAAUACUUUUUUUUAACCCUACCAUUAAAUGCAAAUUCCAGAUCACAAUAACUUCUUUAAGUUGAAACUUUGCUGCAUAGCUAGAACUGUUUUAUUUGAGCUCAAAUUUAUAUGUUAUUAUACUUUGAUAGAUUGUGAAAGAAUUACUCUUUUCAUCUCUAAAACCCUUAAUCCACUAGCACGAUUAGCCGCGCGAUUGUUAUUUCUAAUAGGAUUUAUGAAGCAUGUCUAUUAGCGUAGUCACUCUCUCUGCUAAUCGCUUAGUGGAAAAUGGGUCUUAGCCAACCUAAUAAUAUACAGAGUGUGUCAUUUUGAUAUUCUGUGUCAUAUAUUUGUGGAAAAUUAUAUGACCCAGUUUCCGAUUGAAGUUUAAUUGAACACAUUGUUAACGAGCGAUGUAUAAAAAUAUUAUGCUGUAUUUCAAACUCUACAAGGGCUAGUUUAAUUAUUUACACUGUAUUAUAGAUACAGGAUGUACCCUUGACACAAUAUAUUUAUCAGUGCGUUUAAUUCUAUGAAGAAUAUUGAUAACAUAAUAUAGGCACAUGAUUUGUCAUUAACGCAUCUUAUAAUACUUUUAAAUCACACUAAAUUAGAUUUUUUUUUACUUAUCAGUUAUGGAAUGUCUAAAUUUGGUCGAUUUGAAAAUUUUGGAAUUGUUUUGUCAAACUUAUCUGUAUAUCUGAGAUCAUAACUUAAGUUAUAUAUUUUUAACCAAUUACAUAUUGUAUUUCUUAAUCGUACACUAUUUGACUCGCGGUAAUCCAAUAAACGUAUUGAAAACUGUCGAAUUGUAAGAUUGAGAAUUUUCCUGAAUUAUUUUUCAUAAAAAAAAAACAUUCAAAUCAGACAAAAAAUUAUUUCGAAUCGUGACUCACAACGUAUAAUGU